AUGGCUGCAACCAACGAAUCAACACAUCAGAAAACACCGGAUGUAGAUCCAUUGAGUCUUUGGACUACCAAUUCUCAACUUGCUUCAAGUCAUGAUCCAUUUGAGCCAGCGCGGACGGCCUUUGAGGAGGGCGUCAAGAUAUUCGGGGAAAAGUUGACUAAAGAUGUCAAGAAGAAACAUUUAGCGCAACAAAUAUUGGAAUCAUGCACCCUUCAAGAUGUCGUCCAAGCUGUGGACGAUGCCAAACGUCGAUCCGAAGAAAAGCAUGGGCCUUCUAGAGUCUACAAAUCUCUGGUCUCCUUUUCUCAAAAGCUCUUGCACUAUGGCAAAGUUGUGGACGUCCUCGUGUCCCAUCACCCCGAGUAUGUUGCACUGGUCUGGGGAGCGAUGAAGUUUGUGUUUGGCGCUGUUAUGGAGCAUGAAAGAACAGCCGUGACUGUGGUCACUGGCUUGAGCGAGAUAGCCGGCUCUCUGGCCUCGGUGGAACUCGCCAUCAUGUUAUACCCCCACGAAAUCAUGCGACGCGCAGUAUCCAUGCUGUAUGCUCAUAUCAUUCAGUUUCUGAUUCGUGCCUGGGCCUACUAUGAAGAAUCCACCCCUCGUCGUGCCUUGCAUUCGAUUACACGGCCAUCGGCUCUCCGUUACAAUGAUCUCAUACUGGCAAUUCGAUCAGACACGGAAAAUGUGAGGAGAAAUGCAGCAGCAAGCAGCCAUGCAGAGUUUCGGGUACUCCAUAGAAAGGUUGACGAUGCCAACGUGCAACUCAUAAGCUAUUUAGAAGACAGUCGAAUCAAUCAACAAAGCACCCAAGAUCAAUUGCAAGUAAUAAGAACGACUAUACACGAACUUCGCCAGGUCAUGGAAUUUGAAAAGGCAGUUAGAGCGGGCGAUCGAAUCCACAUUCAGUCUGCCCUUUCUGAUAUCCAGCUGCAACAAGCUCUCGGUAUGGUAUCGUCCAACUGUGCCAUCGACCACAAAAUCACUCUGCAUGCAGCACUUCACCUACAAAAGGCCCGCCAAUGCCGCAGAAGCUUUAGACAACCAUUCUGGGCCACUGCAAAGCUGCACGAAUGGAAUCUCUCCCAGAAAUCAUCCAUUAUCUUGCUAAGAUCAACGCUCCGAGAAAGAAACCUAGUCAGAGGUUUCUGUACUGACGUGGUGGAAUAUCUCGUCAGGACGCAUACUACGGUUCUCUGGAUCUUUUCGAGUCGAGAUCAACAGUACCCGCUCCUCGAGUCGCUCAAAAGCCUCGUAUUCCAAGCACUGAGUCUGAGUUCCGCCGGGCAGUUUGCUUUCAAGACAUCAUUUCACAUGAACCGAUUUCGGGAUGCCAACUUUGAAGAGGAUUACCUGAACAUUCUUGCCGACUUACUACAGUCUUCCAAGCUCGUCUACAUCAUCGCCGCUAUCGAUGCGAUGCCGAGCGGCGAUGCUGUACAAUACCGUGCAUGCCUGCGCCAGUUGUCUCGUAUCUUGAUUGAUCGUGGCUCGAAGACGGUCUUGAAGGUAAUUACUACGUCUUAUGGGCCUCAAGGGCAGCAGGCGAACCUAGAGAACCUGGUCUUGACCGUGGGGAGAGCGGACAGACGCCCAAUGCGCAAUCAGGACAAUUCUCGUUCCAGAAGGCGUGGGAACCAGUCUGUUGCCAGGUUCGUGGAGACAAUGGCUCGCCCUGACAACCCUUGA